UCCCCUUCAUCUCACCUCCAGCCAGUCAGAGCUCCCUCUCUUGCUCGAACAGAAACCGCCUGCUAUUUCUCUCUCUACCUUUCUGUCCAUUUUCUCUUUCUCUGUCUUCUCUCCUUCUCUCUCUCCGGCUGCCAGUAUCCCACAGCCCUGGUGCGGCUGCCUUCCUGACGUGUAGUCUGAACACACCGCUCCGCCCGGGACCCACUCUCACUGAGUUCCAGAAGCAAGAUGGCCCUGAACAGUAUCCUCAACGCUGAUGACAUCAAGAAAGCCCUGGCAGCAUUUGCAGCUGCUGAAUCCUUCGACCAUAAGAAGUUCUUUGAGAUGGUGGGUCUGAAGGCCAAGUCAGCUGAUGAUGUUAAGAAGGUUUUCCUGGUAUUGGAUGCUGACAACAGCGGCUUCAUAGAGGAGAAGGAGCUCAAAACCGUACUGAAGGAAUUUUCCCCUGAGGGAAGGGAACUGACCGAUAAGGAAACCAAAGCAUUCCUUCAGGCAGCCGACAAAGAUGGAGAUGGCAAGAUUGGCAUUGAAGAGUUCACUGCCCUGGUGCACCAGUAACAGUUACCUCCCUGCGGAGUAGGGCUCCCCCACCCCACACCUGCUCCCAGACUGUUGCCCACCCCCCAACACGACUCUGUUCCUCCUCCCUCACCCCUCUGACCUGUCUGACAUCUAGCUCUCUCCUCUCAGCGCACACCUGCUCUAGUGCCACCCAUAAUCAUCCUUUUCAUUUUCCGGUUCUAUACAAAUGUUUGAUUUUCUGUUGAUGUGUAGAUGAUCACACUGCCGGACAAGCUGAACCUCCUGUUAAAGUACAGUAGAUAUAUCAAGAGAGAGUCCCUCUCGACACUGCUUCUGUUUUACUUCAUCUAUUCUACUUCUGCCACUGCUCCUCCCCUCCCACCAUCCCGCUCUCCUCUCCUCCCCUCCCACCAUCCCUCUCUCCUCUCCUCCCCUCCCACCAUCCCUCUCUCCUCUCCUCCCCUCCCACCAUCCCGCUCUCCUCUCCUCCCCUCCCACCAUCCCUCUCUCCUCUCCUCCCCUCCCACCAUCCCUCUCUCCUCUCCUACCCUUCCACCAUCCUCUGCUAAUGAGCUGUUGUAAAAAUGAAAAUAAUUAACAAACACCGAAAGAAGUCAAGCUGUGAAAGAACAAAAUAACAAUAAAAGAAAUGCCUAAAGU